AUGUCCUCGCAUAUUCUUCUGUCCCGAGGAGUAGCCGGUCCCAGCAGAGAAAGCGACUGCGACGCCGAGAUCCGUCCAACCAGCCCUACGCUGGUAACUUCUUUCUUCGAGUCUGGUACUCGGCAUGUCAUGACUCUUGGAGAUGCCGCCUCUCACAACAUCUCUGCUCUUGAUGGGGCCGACUAUAAGGGCAAAGGCAAAGGCAAGGGCAAAGAAAUCGACGUCUACGAGCCCUCUGACUCGACCUCGAACAAGCCCUUGUACCAGUCCACGAUCGACUCCGAACUGAUACAUAAGCGGCCCAUCAGUCGUAGCGGCACUUUCUUCGAUAACCCCGCCGACCCACGAGCGAUUCUGGACGACAAUAUCCUCGAGCCCUGCCCGCACUCCCGAGUCCGCAGCUCUGUGUCUGAGAUCCUCCACGGGGAUCCUCUACAAAAAUCUGCGAGCGACGAUGGGAUCCAUGCCAGUCUGCGCCGGUCGUUCACGAUGCUGAGUGGCCCGUCCCAGCCGGCAUCUGCCUUGACGGAGGUCUUCAGCGAAUGCCGGCCCCUCUUCCCUGCCCCUACGUUUCCGCCGAACAAAAAUCUCCACGCCCUCGCGGACAUUGAGCAUCUAGAGUUCAUGGCUAGCAGAUCCGACUUCCGUGCCCAGCGGCAGGCUCUCGAGGCUCGGCCAAGUCCAGCUGUCCAUCUACCAACCGAGGUGAUCCAGCAUAUUUUUUACCUCCUUGCUCCUUGCGACUUCAACUCGGCUAGACAUACAUGCCGCUCUUGGCUCAUAAGCUCGCUUAACAAGUCACUAUUAACAACGAUGCUCAAGCGAGCCGGCUACUCGGAUGGCACAGGCAUUGCUGCCCCGAGUGCGAUCAGCUCCACUGGAGAAUUUAGCGACGAGUGGUGGAUGAGCAAGCGGAUCGCCCGGGAGUGCGCCCUCGGCCCGGAUCCUCGAAUGUUCCCGUCCGGUUCAGCACUCAGCCAGAUUUGCCAUGUCGACUUUACGGAGAUUGAGGUUCAUUACCCGGGCCCGGAUCUCGCGAGUACGAUCUUCAAUAUCAGCAGCUGUGGGCGGUUCCUGAUGGCCGCUCAUGGCUGUUUGGUCUAUGUCUACGAAUUGAAUCGUUCUCACAAGUCUGCGAGGGAUGAUGGCUCGUAUCCUGGUCUUUUGAGGCCUGUCACGAGCAUUAUCUGUCCGAGGAGAGUUCUGGCUUGUAGCAUGGAUACCUCGUCUCAGAGGUAUGCCAUCGCUAUCCUCUUGGAUGGGCGGAUGGGGUUGGUAUGUGACAUUGCAGCCUUGACCGAGAAGGGAGCUGCUACUACAGACGACGCAUCCAGCAGGCAAGAUGGAACGGCAGGCUUGAAAAGGGUCGAAUCUGGCACCUCGAUGCCAUUAGAAACUGGUCCAAGGGCGUUAUAUCGAAACUUGUGCUCUGAGGAUGACCCUCCUCGCUCGGUUGCCAUAUGUCCUCAGAGACGUUGCGUAGCUUUCGGGUGCUCUUCAGGCCUUGAGCUACACUGGGUCGAUGCUCUCACUGGUCAAGAUCUGAACAGGUGGUUCCCUCUCACGGCCCCGAGCGACUACCUCUUCUUUCUGCCGCCUCGGAAGGGUGUGGAUUCCGCCAAGAAAUUGAGAUUGAUUUCUAGUGCUGGACGUCCUGAUGAGCGAAGUUCCAUGUCACGACGUACUUUCGGACCGUCACCACGCUCGAGUCCUUUUUGGGAGCGAUUUGGCUGGGGAUUAUCUCGGUUUGAGGAGGAUAACGAGACAUAUGGGGCCAGCAGCCCUUCGGAAACCCAGGGAAUAUUGACUCGCUUGAGGAUUGACGCCAGCAGGAGCUCGCUUGUUGGCCGAAUGGACUGCUCGGAUCACUACCGGGCAACACCUUUGAGCGAUGGGUAUCAUAUCCUGUUUACCGAUCCAGCAUCCGGAGUGCUGUGCCUGGGUAGCGACGCCCCGGUGGGAGGCCCUACCAAGCUACUCCGAAAGAUCUGGUUCUGUUGUCCCAGCCUCGACGGAAAAUUUGCAACCCCAGUGGCAUAUACAGCCGGAUCCGACCUAUCUCAUGGCGUUCGCGUAGUCGCUGCUUUUGAUACGGGAUCGGACGAGCAAAGUAUCUGGCUAUUCUCAGUGCCUUUCGAUAUCUUCACAUGCGGUCAAGCCAAACCCGCCUCAUCUACCACCGCAGCCUGGCUCAGUAACUCUUCAUCCCGCGAGGCGGCGCCGGCUGAGCAAGAGUGGAUGAACUGGUGGCCGAACGAUGGGUUACAGCAGUGGCUGAGCAAUACCCAGGAUCCCGUCCCUGACAUGUCAAGCAAGAGCGUGUGGCCUGUCAAAACGGAAGGCCAGCGGAUCGGCACAUGCAAGGGUCUCGUCGAUCUGGCGAUUGAUUCUGGGCCACACUUGGUGGUCUGGGCAUUCUCCCGGACGGGAAGCGCGAAGGUUUGGCGGGUCGAUGACGGCCAGAGUCAUCCUGUGCAGAAGAUUCUAGUUGUCCGUGAUGGCACCGUCCGUAUUACUGAUGGAUCUGGUGAUCUGGAAAUGAUUGAUGCAGCCAGUUCCUCCCCUGAAAUGCUGGGGCCCUCGAUUCCGCUUGCUGGCCCGGAUUCGUAUGAUGGGACUGUGCAGUACGACUGGGAGGGCGAUGUUGUAAUGCAACCGGUCGAGGAGGAGACGGUAGAGGCAGUACUACUCAAUGCGCAGGGUAUGGGGGUCCGCUACCAGGCUGAGACGUGGACGCGAACUAGCUACGCAAGGGCUCUAGCGGGCUUUGUCGAGGAGCUGACGGGGGUUGCGGGGAUCGAUUUAGAGAUCUGGUAG